AUGCAGAUCCCCGAGGAGCACGUGCUUUUUUCACUGGACGUGAAAUCGCUAUACACAAACGUUCCGGUGCAGUACGCGAUGGAGUGUAUCGAGGAAAGGUGGAGUGAGGUAGCCAGGCAUACGAAGAUCGACAAACGAAGUUUCUUGGAUGCAGUAAGGCUAGUAUUGGACUCUACUUUCUUCAACUAUCGAGGAGUCACCUACACGCAAACCUUCGGUGUACCGAUGGGAUCCCCGCUGUCUCCGGUUAUAGCGAACAUCGUUAUGGAGCGCUUGGAACAGGAGAGCAUACAGAGGGUGAGUGCAGAACAACUCGAUAUGGUGAUAUACAGACGGUAUGUGGACGACUGUUUUUGCGUUGCACGGAGGGAACAUGUGGAUCGAAUCCUGGAGAUUUUCUACGACUUCCAUGAUAGGCUGCAGUUCACGGUGGAGAAGGAAGAACAUGAGCAGAUUAAAUUUCUCGAUAUCAUGGUAACGAGAAAAGAUGGAAUCCUUGAGAAAAAAUGGUUACCAAAGCAGACAAACGGACGGUAUCUCGAUUUCGUUUCGGAAAGUCCGUACUCCCACAAGCGCAACACUGCGAUUGCCCUAGUGGAUAGGGCUAUCAAGUUAACCGAUGCGCAGCACCGCCCCUCGGCCAUCAGUACAGUGAAGGAAAUGCUGAAAUGUAACAAUUACCCCAAUUGGUUCAUUCAGAAUGUCCUGAAACAGAGGGUGCACAAGCACUACAACGUACUGCAGAACGAUAAGGAGGUGGAUGAAACGAAGUACAUCCCCACGCCGUAUGUACCAUGUCUGAGUGAGAAGUUGCAGAAAAUCCUCAAAGAACACGGCAUAACACUGGCGGUGAAAGCAAAAUCUAAAUUGAAAAAUGAGAUUUUUGCUAAACUGAAGGACCCGAUCCCACCAGGACAACAUAAAAAUGUGGUGUACUCGGUACCGUGUGGAACAGGGGAUGGAAAGGUGUACAUCGGACAGACGGGAAGAAAACUGGACACGAGAAUCAACGAACACAAAAAUGACGUGAAACGGAAAGACAACAGGACUGGAUUGACGCACCACACACUAUGUGACGGCCAUGUGUUCAAUUUUGACGAGACGAAAAUAAUUGAACGCAUCGCCGACCAGGAGAGCAGAGUCGUCGCGGAGACAUUCCACAUCAAGCUGGCAGGGGAAACUAAUACAGUGAACCUCCAGCGUGAAUGUGGAUUGUUCAACACGAACUACAAUGCGUUAGUGUUUAAGCUACGACAAGUGACGAACAACGAUAGACGACGAAGAGGAAACGAGAGAGGACGCGCACCACAACCGCAUAGUACCCUACUAGACAGUGGUACGUGA